AUGCACAGUGGUAGAGAGACAGUAUAUCACAAUGGAUCCCUCCUGAUUGAAAACGUUAACCCGAAGGACACAGGAUUUUAUACCCUACGGACCUAUAAUAGACGUGGAAAAAUCUUAACAACAGCAUACCUGUACCUUCUCGUGCACACAUUCUUUUGGAAGUGUGGACGCUUCGCUACCUCUGCUCCGCCCACGAUUGAGUCAGUGCCACCCAGAGCUGUUGAAGGGAGAAGCGUUCUCCUACUCAUUCACAAUCCCCCAGAGAAUAUUGUACAGUUUUUCUGGUUCAAAGGAAUGGCGGACUUCAGGAACCUUGUGGCUAUGCGAAACAUAACAGACAGGAAACCAACUGUGUGGGGGCCCGCAUACAGUGGCAGGGAGGUGCUGUACAGCGACGGAUCCCUGCUGAUUCACAGCGUCACUCAGAAAGACCGUGCCUUGUACACCCUACGGAUUUUGAGAGCAGAUCUGAGCAGUGAGGAAGCGCAAGCGAAGCUACAGGUGGAGACUUCCCUUUCUCUGUACUGUAACCCUCUCACUUCUUCUCAACUCAUGAUCCAACCUGUGCCUCGGUAUGCUGCUGAAGGGGAAGAUGUACUUCUCCAAGUUCAUAAUCUUCCAGAAGACCUGCAAGCCUUUUUCUGGUACAAAUCAGAGUUUAGGACCCCGGCCAAUAAAAUUGUAAAAUACACCAGCAUCGUGAAUUCCAUCUCCUGGGGACCUGCACACAUAAAAGGGAUAGCGUACAAUAAUGGAUCCUUGAUGCUCCAGAAUGUCACCAAGAAAGAUGCAGGAAUCUACACACUAGCAGUUUUAAACAAAGACUUCAAUACUGAAGAAGCAUAUGUGGAAUUCCAUGUAAAUAAGCAUGUGACACAGCCAUUUGUGCAAAUCACUGAUAAUACAAUCACAGGAGGUACAUCUGUGAUCUUUACCUGCAUGUCACCCGACACUGAUACCUUCAUCCGUUGGAUCUUCAAUAAGAAGAAUCUGCUGCUCACAAAGAGGAUGACUCUGUCUCCUACAAAGUGUGGACUCAAAAUAGAUCCUGUCAGGAGCACAGAUGCUGGAGAGUAUCAGUGUGAGGUCUCCAAUCGAUUGAGUGUGAAGACCAGUCUCCCAGUUUCCUGGCCAUGA